AACAGAAUAAAUUUUGCUUCUUCCAAUAUCUUGAAGGAUGGGCAUAAAAGUUUCAUCAAAGAUCAAAAGGAUUCUCGCAUCUACAGCUUCGGGGAAUACAAGUCCCAAAAAUGGUGAUGACGUGGAUGUCCGAGAAGAAUAUGCAAACGCCUUCCGUACAGAAUCAUACAAUCAGUUUUGGACACGUGUCAUCCAGUUAAGCCGCAAAAAGUCCACGGUGUCUUCUUCUUCUUCACCAAUAGAAUCCUCCUCUACGUCAUCUCGUCUCAUGUCAUACCGUCUCUUUGCACAUAAUCUCCUAGACCCGGACCCAAACACCAUCACACGGAUCCUGGAUCUAUCCCGGGUCGGACGACCCACCCGAACUCUUCUCUCUGAUUAUUUCUUGGAGACAGCAAACGCUUUCUUGCUCUGCACGCUAUUACUCAAAAACGUUCACCGUCUUCGUUCUAAAUACGAAUCUCUGAAACCCAAAUUUCAAUUGGAGAAUAAUAAUAAGGAUUCACUGACAUUUAUGGACCAAUUCGUGGAGCUAUCGAGAUGGUUCGACCCGUUUCUCUCGUCGGGUUCUCGGAUCCAAUUAACCAGAACCGGCUGUUUAAACCUGCUAAAACGGUUAGAGUCUAGCCGAGACAAGACGCGAGCCAAGCUCAAGCUCAUCAACGGACUAACUCAUAGCUCAGGGAUUCUCGUUUUGGCUCUAACCACUACAUUGAUUGUAACCAUAGCCUCUCACGCCUUUGCUUUGUUCAUAGCCGGUCCAACUCUUUUAACCGGUCGAUUUAAACCGGUUGGGCUAAGGAAUAGGCUGACGAAAACAGCGGCUCGGCUCGACGUGGCUGCGAAAGGUACUUACAUUUUAAGCCGUGAUUUGGACACGAUAAGCCGGUUAGUGACUCGGAUUAACGAUGAAGUGGAGCACGUACGAGCCAUGGCAGAGUUUUGGGUUGGGAGAGGGUCGGGUCGGGUUCGAGCUGGUGAAGAAGUGGCUCGAGAGUUGAAGAGAUGUGAAGAGAGCUUUGGUGAAGAGCUUGAUGAGCUUGAAGAACAUAUCUACUUGUGUUUCAUGACCAUUAAUCGAGCAAGGAAUCUUGUGGUUAGACAGAUUUUGGAUUCUGAUGUUUCACCACCUCAUUGUUCAGUCGCUCCCAAAUCCAAAUAAAAUUGUUUUUUUUUUUCCUCUCAAUUCUAUUAAUU